AGCCUCCUUCCCGCCGGCAGCAACCGGCCCCGGCCCCGCCCCCGGAUGUGGGACCCAGCCGUUCCGGGACGUUGCCACUGACGCUCCCUGGUCUCUGGGGCUGCGAACACGGAGCCGAGCGGGGCCCGGCUGGGCUAUUGAAAAACUUCUGCUACUGCUAUGUGAACUCAACAUGGUCCCUUAAGAAGUCUGUUCAAACUGAAGAUCACAAGGUGGUGUUAUAAAGAAAAUCUGUUUAGUGAAGGUUGUCGAAAUGGAGUGGGGAGGUGAAUAUUCUCUUGAUUCUUCCAACUUAGAUUGUUUGUUAAACAUUCUUCCUGGGGACCAGGAGUUUCAACAGAUCCUCAGUGACAUCGAUGAGAAAAUAAAGAAAAACUCUGCUAGUGUGGAACAAUGCCUUAAAGAGCUACAAUCAGAAGUAAAUGAGACUUGUACUGAUGAGCUGUUACAAAACACAACUGACUGCCUUCACUGGCUGAAUAACUGCAGUUUCAGUUCCCUCAAACCUUCUUCUACACCUCAUGGAGAUUUAAUCGAAUUUCUUAAAACUCUGCAAAGCUUGCUGAGGAAUGAACAAAAUCAAGAAGAAAUGAUACUACACUUUCUUCUGGAUCUCUCCAGUCAGUGUGGGGUCUCAUUUCCAUGUACUCCAAGUGGGACAUCUUUUGAGUUAACAUCCAGAGCUUCCCUUCAUGCCAUUGAGGAUGAUUCAUCUAUGAAUAUGAAGUCUGUUUGGGAUGAUGUGAGAUUACACCUUCGACGUUUCUUAGUAAAUAGACUUCAGAGUCCUCAUGAAACAAAUACUGCUACUUUAAAACAGCAAAUGCAGUUUAAAACUCAAUGCAUACAACACCUUUUGUUUCUAUAUCCAGAAUCAGAAGUUCUAACCAAGUAUCAAAACAUGCAGAAUAAAUUGGUUUCUGAGCUUCUGCAGAACUGUGUUCUAUCUAGCUGUGGCGAAACAAACUUUGAUAAGGUGGUUCAUGGUUACCAAAGUUCAAUACCUACACUAUGCACAAUGAUAAAAGAGGAUUUGUGUAUACUAAGUGGUACUAUAGAUCCUUCCUCAACACUGAUGUUUAUUAAUGAAACUUAUCUGGAUACCAUCACAGAAGAAAUAACAAUUCUUCUUGAAAGACUUUGUGAACUGCAGUUCAAAGAAAAUGCUCUACAUAUAAUUAAGACAAGCAAGAUUUCAAAGAAGCAUAGAGGAACAGUUCAUGCUUUGGCUACCCAAGAAUGCCUCAGAAAAGGAAGGAACUUCUGCUUAACUUUGUAUCAACUCAAAUGUCUUUCUCAGCUUAUAAAACUCUUUUUGUUUAUGGAAGAAAGAGUUGAAGAACUCUCUGCAGAAAUUCUGUUGUGGCCCUGUUUCACUGAGAAGAACAAAAAUGUUCAAGGAGUUCUGAAGAAAGCUAGUGGGGAGCUUUUAAUAGGGGAAACUAGAGCAAAUGAAACCAGUGUGCUUCCUGAACAGUUACUUCAGGUAAAAGAGACUACUUUAUUGGAUUUUAGCUGGAGGAAUGCAUUUAAAGACCUGUCUUCUUCUGUGGCGCACUGUAUAACAAUAGCAAUUGAAGAUUUUUCAACUAAAAUUCUUCAGCUUGAGCAGAAAGAACAGUCUUCAGCUGCAGUCUAUACAAUGAGCCUAGUAAACAUCCAGCAAAUGAGAGAGUCCUGGGAAACAGUCCACGAGGAGGAACAACCAAAACGAAUAGCAAAGUUUUGUUCUGACAUCAUGGAAGAACUUGACACAGUGCUUCCACUGGCUCUGGCAUGCAGAGAUGAUUCUCUUCAGGAAAUUAGAGCAAACUUUGUAGAGGCAUGCCGCAAAGUAGCAACAUCUGUCCUGGAAAGGUUGGAGGAGAGAAGCAAAGAAGUUCCCUCCAAGGCUCCACUUCAAAACUUGUAUGCUGUUCUCUCUACAGCAGUACAUGUCUUUCAGCAUUUUAUGAUGUAUGAUAAUUUAAUGAGAGAUACCAGCAAGAAGCCCCUGUUCCUUGUGCCUGUCCAGGGAUAUCAGGAAUUCAUCAAUGUUCUCCAGUUUCAAGUUACCAACUACUGCGUCAGCGUUUGUGCUACAAGUAUUUUACAGGAUGCUGAGAGCCACCACUGGGAUGACUACAAAGCUUUUUAUGAGGGGGAAAGAUGCUCAUUCUCUGUCCAGAUGUGGCAUUAUUUCUGCUGUGCUCUCCAUCAUGAUCUGUGGACAAUCCUACCCCCCAAGUUAGCCCAGGAGAUACUAAAAGAAGUGCUGGAGAAAUCUUUGGCUGUGCUAGCCUGCAGAUAUUCUCAGGCCCAUCCCAGUUACAAGAGAACUCCACAGAUAAGAAUUGAUAUCACAGCGAUUUUAAUAUCUACUGAAAAUAUGCUGUGGUCAGCUUGCUGCUCAGUGCAGGAACUUUUGAAUCCACAUAAAGACAAAGACGCCAAGACCUAUAAAAUACACAACCACUGCAACAAUCUGCUCUCUGCACUUGCCAUUUUAACUGCACCUUUGAAGAAUCUGUAUGAGACAUUUCAGAAUGGUUUUGGUGAGCUACUUCCAUCAGAUUUCUCCAAACCAAAUAUCAGUCACCCAUUACACUGGCUAUCUUGCAUAACGCCAUUUUGUCCUCCCUUACUUAUGACUCCAUCAACCGGAGAAAUGGCAGCCCAGGGUCAACUGAAACUGCUCUUAUCCCAACCGUAUUGUAAUUGGAACUUGCUUUUGGAAACACUGCUACAUCAGGAUUGUCUCUUAGUGAAAAUUUUAUUGAAAAGUUCAAAAAUUGAAGUAUCGAAAUGUGAUGAACAAAGUUCCUGCAUAAAACAGAUAAAUAACAAAGAGCCUACUUUGACUGAAGCAAUCUUUACAGUAUUAUCCUAUUGCACUUUAUCACCCAAAUCACUUGGUAGAGUUCUUGACAGCUACAUGAAAAAAGAGCAACUAUGGGAUUGCUUAUACAAUAUAUCAGUUUCUAGUUGUGGUGAAUCAGAGCCAGAGGUUAUCAGAUGUUUGAAGCUGACUUUGAUUAAUUCAGUCAAGGGUAUAGUGAAGCAAAUAAUUUCUUUGAUGCAUUCGUGGGAGGCAACAGAGAACUAUGGAACCUAUCAACAUAAGCAAAUAGUUCCUGAAAGUUUGCUGAAGACAGUUCCAAAGGAAUGGAAUUAUACUCCUAGAGAAAUGAAAAGAAAAGAAUCUGGGAAAUGCUUCACAAGGCUUGCAGCUCAGGCUGUAUCUAUUGUAAUCAGCAAGUUACCUACAGUGAUUGCAUGUUUGCCUCCCCCAAUUAAAUACUUCUUUUUUCUGUCUGAGAGGAAAAUGUCAAAAAACUUUGUUGAAUCGAAGAAAGCUGGUCUCCUUGUCUGGAACUUGAUUGUAAUUAUAUGUCGGAUAUUUGAGGAUGGAAACACCGCAGAACUUUUAACAGGUGCAACGCUUGACAGAUGGAGCAAAGAGAAACUCACUUUAGUUCGUGUCUGUUUGGAAAGUAUUGUGGGAAAACAGAAAAGUAGUCCUAAACAAGUAACACAGAAGGUUAUACAGAGUAUAGAACAACAAAGACCAAACUGGAUUGAAAGCCAGUUGCUGAAAGCAAGAAAAUUGAGCACUGACUGUGCCUUUAUUUCAGUAGAAGAAGGUGCAGGGUUAGAGAAGGGAGGUAUUGCAUUUGAAUUGACUGAGCAGAAAAUAAACAUGAUGGUCCUGGAUAUCUGCCACAAACCAGGUGGCAGCGAGUACCUGAGGCAAAUUUAUCACAUCAUCCGGCUCAAUGAGGAAUAUUUGAAAGAGCUGCUGUCUUGUGGGAAUUCUUCAGAAGAGAAUGUAAUGUCCAUUGAACAUUCGCAUUUGACAUUGAGGAGCGCAGAAGAGCAGCCUGUUUUCAACCCUUUCCAGGUGCAUCGCCAAUAUUGUGCAAAUAUGUUUGAUCAGUCAGCCAUUACUGAAUGGAACUGGGAUUGGUCAAUCUUGCUGCAAAGUUAUCUGGGACUGAAUCAGAUGACCUUCAGGGCACUGCUGGCACACAGAUGGGAGAUGAAAGAAGAUGGAGCUCUGGAAGAGGAAGAAAAAGCUAUGGUGGAACACCUAAAAGAAGUUUAUUCCAUACAGACCCCUCUUGCCUCAGAAGAUAAAGAAGAACUGUCACCUUGAAAAGAGUUUGUGUAGCACUUUCUGCUGAAUUAAACAUUAUUACAAUAAUUGUUUAGUGAUAACUGGAAAAAAUCCCUCUUAUGCAUACAUUAAAUGACUAGAAAACUGGGGAACUUGUAUCUUGAUGAGUAGCAGUUAGAAAUGAAAGGAUGUUGCUUUAUUAUUGCCUAGUCACCCCCCUUAAAACAGCAACUGUUACGUGUGAGGUAGACAAGAAUAACGUGAAAAUGCUGUUACACAGCAGGACAUACCUUGGUGCAGUGGAGACAAGAAGCUGAAGGCCAGUUGAGAAACUGUUUUAAAAGCAUAAACACCACAGCAUUAUAAAUAAUACUACUUUGGACAUUUUCCAGCCUGAGUUUGCCAGUAUAUUACAGAUGCCAUGUGGGGGUCCAAAUGUAUCUAACCCUAUGUGGGUUAGACGAUAGAGGUCAGAGCUCAGGAACCUCUUCCCUAGUUCCAUCCAAAUUCAGCCUUAUGAAGGACUGCUCAGGUUAGUGGUGAUAGGCUCCCCAAAGAAGGGGAAGAUUCCCAAGGCUAUGCCAUGGACCUGGCCUCUCACCUCAGCACCCAACUUUUUGUGUGGAGUGCAGAGGAUACAUGCUGUCCCUUUUGAGUGACUGUAGCAGAGGCUGCUUUAGUGGGUGCUUCCACAAAGAAAUUGUGUCUUUCUCAGGCAUGCUGCUCCCACUGAGGUGGAGUGUCUCCUCAUCCACCAUGCCAUGGGGCUUAGACUUAAAAGCACAUUGCUCCCAACAUCUUUAAAGUUAAAAAUGCUUUAACAUGCUUUAAAAAGCUUUAAAAUACAUGCUUUUAUUGAAAACAAAACAGUUCAAGUGCAGACAAAGAACCAUCUUAACAGUGAACUGAGAAAUGAAAAAUCUAUUUUUCCAUCCACUGCUUCUUUCUAAUGUAAGUAUAGUUAAGUCCUAUUUUCAAUGAUAACCCCUGUACAGCUGUGUUAUCUGAUAUUCAUAUCUGUCACAGUCAAAAUUUGUAUUUUCAUCUGAAAUUCUCCUUCAACAAAACCAGUGUUUUAAAGCUUUUUAGAUGUCCCUGAGGCUGUUGUUUGUUGGCUGCAAGGAAGAGCUCAUGAACAUUCCCUCUAUUGUAAAAAAAUCAGACUUUUUAUAUAUUUACUUUUUUGCAUUGGAAGCAUGGAGUUCUUGUUUCCCUUACUUUGCUGGAGGAUACUGACAAGAGCUUAGGAGGGCUGUGACCUGAGCUGUAGCUCUCCCUGCUCUGUUUCCUGGGCAGGGGGAGCUGGUUCUUACAAUCAGCACACAAUGGGUCUGAAUCUCCUCUCAUAGGAGUUUUUUUUAUUGGUAUAACUCCAUUGAGUUGAACGGAAUUACUCCUGAUUUACAGUGAUAUAAACAAAUGGAGAGUUGAACCCCGUGUGACCUCUCUUUUCCAAAGGACCUUGGUAAGAUCACUUUAAGACCUAAAUAGUGAUGCUGCAUGAGACGCUAAUCUAAUCCAAUCUCCCCUGACUGGUCAUUUUUCUAAUGUAGAUCAGACAUUAGACGAUUUCAAAUGAUAUCUGCAUCUCAUAGUCUUCCAAAGAUCUUCCCUGGGUCCACUAGCAAAGAGAGGGAAAUGAGGCACUGAUAUUUCUAAAGUGUUAAAAACAGGCACGGCUCCAGGCACCAGCAUGCCAAGCAUGUGCCUGGGACGGCAAGCCAUG